GAUGAAUGAACAGCAAGAGACCCCUCAAACUGCAGUAAGUUAUCAAUGCGCUAGAGGACGUUAUUUUACCUUUGACCCACAUAAGCAGGCAGCAUGGCUUCCAAGCGGAAAGUUGGCGAAGCUAAACUGGAGAAAGAGGAGUUGGACCUGUUUGUGGAUGCUCCUCCUGAUGACGAUGAUGAUGAAGAUGAAGAAGAUGGAGAUACCUCUGACAGUGAAGAGUCUGUGUACUCUGGGUUAGAGGAGGAGCCGAGCUCGUCAGAAGAGGAGCAGGAGGAAGAUGAUGACUCGUCUGACAAUGGAGAUGAUGGUACAGAGGAAACUCCAGACAUCCCUGGUCCUACCACUGAUGACACUACAGGGUCUGCAGGUACUUCCUCCAUGGAGCGCUUGGACAACAGGCCACAGCCUGAUGAGUAUGAGUUUGACUCCUCGGAUGAAGAGGACAUCCGUAACACAGUAGGUAACAUUCCCAUGGAGUGGUACAACGACUAUCCUCACAUCGGCUACAACCUGGACGGGAAGAAGAUCAUGAAACCAGCCAAGGGGGAUGAACUGGACGAGUUCUUAAACAAGAUGGACAACCCUGAUUACUGGAGAACAGUAAAAGAUAAGACAACAGGAGAGGAUGUUAAACUAACUGAUGAGGAACUGGAUAUCAUUCAGCAAAUCCAGAAGGGCAAAUACCCAGAAAAGGCCUAUAAUCCAUAUGAGCCAUAUAUAGACUUCUUCACACAUGAGAAGAUGAUCCACCCUGUAACCAACCGGCCUCGUGACAAACGCAGCUUCAUCCCCUCCUUGGUAGAGAAGGAAAAGGUGUCCAAGCUUGUCCAUGCCAUUAAGAUGGGCUGGAUCAAGCCCAGGAAGGCUCGUGAUGAUGAACCCAAGUAUUAUGACAUUUGGGAGAAUGACAAUCAGUACUCUCCAGACAAGCGCUACCAGACUCACAUCCCUGCACCCAAACUGAAGCUGCCAGGCCACGAGGAAUCCUACAACCCUCCCCCAGAAUACCUGCCUUCUGAAGAGGAAAUUCUAGCCUGGAACCAGGCAGACCCUGAGGACAGAAGACAGGCUUUCCUGUCCAGGAAGUAUGAUGCCCUGAGGAAGGUUCCGGCCUAUGCUGGGUUUGUGAAGGAGAGGUUUGAGAGAUGUCUGGACUUGUACUUGUGUCCCAGGCAGAGGAAAAUGAGGGCCAAUGUGACAGCUGAGGACCUGAUCCCCAAGCUGCCCAAACCUCGUGACCUUCAACCCUUCCCCACGACCUUGUCAGUGGUGUAUGAAGGACACACGGACGUGGUGAGAUGUAUCAGUGUGGAGCCCACAGGACAGUGGCUGGUCUCAGGUUCAGAUGAUGAGAUGUUGCGGUUCUGGGAGGUGGCCACCGGGCGGUGCAGGAAGGUACUGCAGCUGGGAGGGAGGGUACGCAGCGUGGCCUGGUGUCCCAACACUGCUGUCUGCUUGGUGGCCGCUGUUGUUGAUAGCACAGUGAUAAUUAUCAACCCCAGCCUGGGUGAUAAGCUGGUUUAUCACUCCACUGAUAACCUGCUGAACACAUACGAGGCACCGGAGAGCCUGGAGACAAAACUCCCAGUGGAAUGGUCUGCAGCAGAGGGCAGGGACUAUGACAUGGGGAUCAGGCUCAGAAUAUCACAUCCUAAAAUCAUAAGACAGGUGACGUGGCAUGGGAAGGGAGACUACUUUGCCGUUGUGAUGCCAGACGGAGGGAGCAUGUCUGUACUGAUCCAUCAGCUCACCAAGAGAAGAUCACAGAACCCCUUCCGGAAGUCCAAAGGCCUGGUGCAGUGUGUUCUGUUUCAUCCCAUAAGGCCGUUCCUGUUUGUGGCUACCCAGAGAUAUGUACGUGUGUACAACCUACUGAAGCAGGAGCUGACUAAGAAACUCAUGGCCAACUGCAAAUGGGUGUCCAGCAUGGCUGUACAUCCUGGAGGUGAUAACUUGAUUAUCGGCAGCUAUGACAGCAGGCUCAGCUGGUUUGACAUGGACCUGUCCACAAAACCCUAUCAGACCCUCAGGCACCACAAGAGGGCACUGCGUCAGGUUUGUUACCACAAGAAGUAUCCACUGUUUGCCUCUGCCUCAGAUGAUGGCACAGUUGUCAUCUCCCAUGGUAUGGUGUACAGUGACCUGUUACAGAACCCCCUGAUUGUUCCAGUGAAGAUCCUGCGAGGUCACAAGGUGACCCAGAAUCUGGGCGCUCUGGACUGUCAGUUCCACCCCACACAGCCCUGGAUCUUCUCUAGUGGGGCAGACACUACUGUCAGACUGUAUACAUGAGGGGGCAAUAUCUAGAUAUUAACAUGAAAGCUAUCUGUGUUGGUACAUUCCAUAAUGAAGUUAGUACUUUUGUUCAACACAAUGUUGCUUACACAUGUACAUGGAAUUUUCGAUGGCACCAAAAAUUCGAGGUGAGCAACAAUCUUUUGUGUCGAAUGGAGCACUAACUUCAUUAUGGAAUAUUCACUGGCAGAUAAUCUUUUAGAUUGAACACAUCAUAAUUUAAUGUGACACAGACACAAGUAAACAAAUGCCUCAGAACUUUGAAACACAUCUUUGUUUCGUUGUGUUUUAAGUUUGCCUAUGGCAAUGUCCUAUGUUACUAAUGUAUUAUCUAUGUAAUAUGUAUACUUGCAUAAAAGGCCUAAAAAGAAAGAAGACACAUAUGUAAAAUGGUAUCAGUGUGCACACAUGAUCAUGAAAUUAUAAUCUAACUUUUCAAACAAUGAAUCACUGUACUUGUUUGUAAGAUCAUAAUUCUUCCUGACCCCUCCACAUUUUGCACAUCAUACAUUAUCUUAAUUUGCAAUGUAUCAAUUGUCUGAUUAGAUUCAUCCACAGAUACAUAAACACAUUUACCAUCUUCACAGCCUGACUGGUAUCAUUCCACAUUAAUUUGAAUUUUCUGUACAUAUUAGAUAUUGUGGCAUUUUGGUAGCUAGCAGGCACGCGGUUUUGGGUAGCACCAAUGGUUGAACCCUAUGUCAAUACAGCUAGUAAAAAAAGUCUAAACCUAACCAAUUCUACACAAACUCAAAGAACAAAAAUAUGUUAUGCUAAACUACAAAUUAAACUUAAGUGACUUCCUGAAGUAGUACUAGUAUUUGUAUGUGAUGUAUGCAAGUCCAAGAAUCAUUGCACAAGGCAAAAGAUGUUGCCAUUUGAUUAAAAAAAUGGACCUACUAGUGUGGUCCACGUUUAGUGCAUUCGAAAAAUGCCUCAACCUAAUACAUUUUGUUUGUCAUUACAUCAUGUCAUAGCAAAUUUUUCUGCUCUUGUAUUGUCUGUUUUACAUGGAAGAAGACUUCCGAGUGCCUUACCCAUGCCAUGUAUAAUACACAAGCAGGGAUGUAUACUGACUUACUGUGUGGUAUCCACACAAUGGCUACUGCAUAGAGUACAUGUGGAAUGUGCUUUGUAUAGUGUAUCCUUUUCUUAUACAUCUCAUUUCUUUAUCCUUUCA